CUCAGCGGCCAGGCAGGCUGAUUGCCGCUUUCGCGUUUGAGACUGAAACCCAUGUCUAGUACAAUGAGUGCAAACGUUUAUGAAAAAGUGACACAUCGGGUUCCCACGUGCUGGCUUUUAUGAAGUCGUAUCACAGAGGGAAUCUGAUACCUUUUUCAAAUCUUCAACAAGUGAUCUCGUGUCUCAAUAACGUCGAACUCGGCGUUAGCUACUCCUAAGCAUUUAUGGGUCUGACGGAAGCGCAUUAGGAAUAGAAAGAACUGCAAGAAUAAUUAAGCAUAAGAAUAAAUAUGCUAAGGUUUGCCGCACUUAAUUCGGAUGCUAGCACCGAUUCCGAUGCUGAAGAAGGCGGAGGUCAGCAACAGGUGCAAACCCGUGAAGCACAAGAGGGUCAGGCUGCUGCGCUAUACAGGGAUGCGCUUUCUGAAUUGGCUGCAGAACGCACGGCUGAUGGCGUCGCAAAACUUCGACAGCUUCUCAGGCUUGACUACGUGAACGAGGAAGACCCCGAAGAAUACCAAGGCAUCGGCCCUAUGCCAACUUCGCUUCAUCUGAAAUAUUUAGCUUUGAAGAACGCCGGUGAAGCCUACCUUAAGCUCAGUAAACUGCGAAAGGCGGCAAAAUUUUUUGUGAAAGCAAUGCUCAUCGAUGGCCGUGAUAUACCGACUUGGCUAAAAGUGGGUGACAUUGGACUUCAGAUGUUGAACCUGCAACUGGCCCGAAAUGCUUACGAAAUGGCCGUUCAGCUAAAGGAGAAUCACUGGCAAGCGGUUGAUCGUCUGAUCUCUGUCACAUAUAUUAUCGGUGACUAUUCACAUUGUCUCGAAUGGUGCCGUCGAGCGAUAGCCGGUGGAUCUCGGUCUGCAAGGCCGAUCGUUCUUGCCGACCGAAUUUUUGAGGAAAUUCCUUUUAUUAUCGAGAUGUAUCCAGCUGCCUACCGAAUUUGGGAGGACGUCCUGCAAACGUGCAACAUUUCGCCUGAGGAAUCCGAGGAAAUCCUUGAAGAGUGUGAAUCCAUUCGAGCUGAACGACAGGAUUUCCAAAAUUGGCUAGAUGAACAGGAUAGGAGUUCGCCACCGUUAAAAUUGAGAAAGGUCAUAUGCGAACCAACGUGGGCUCAACUUGGUGAAGUCCUUCAAACGCAUUACGACAAUAUUGCUAAAUCAGAAAAUCCUUGUCACAUGGUUGAAAGAAUUGAUUUCGGUCAAGUGGAUGCUUCGCGCUCUCUCGUUGAAAAGAAGCGUUACCGCCGGGAUUCUUCUUCUUCUGAGGAGGGCGACAAUGACGGCGACACCCGCGAAAAUGACGACCCCGAGGAAAACAAUCAAGAUGACGAAGAUGGUGCACCGCAGUCUUCUGGAUUCGACUACAAACCUAUAGAUCCCGAGGAAAACAGUGACUCACAAAUUAACGAUUUAUCCGUGCUUAUUGGUGAUAAUACGCCAACAGACUCUUUAUUGGAUGACCUGGGUAUCUCCGUCGAAGAUUCACGAUCGCAGCGUCGCAAGCGGGUAUUUCAAGACUUCAUAUCGAGCAACAAACGUCGUUCAGCGCGAAACCGUCAAGGUGGAAAGAAGACUGUGGACCUGAAUGUCAACUAUCGUGAUCUGUUGAUACCGUUUCUUCCAACGAGUAUUUUUGCUGAAUGUCCUGUGAUUGAAGGAGAGUCUGACGGAGGAACCAGCGAAGAAAAUGGCCAAUCCAGUAGUAGUAAGCUAACCUUGCGAACACACCCGGAGAAGAUUAUGGAUCUUCGUGAAAACGAAACUAAUGAUGUAAAGGCGUUUAUCGCCCGCCACAAGGACAGUCCCGCAAUUGAAGUUAUGCUGGAUUACCUAAAGGUGCUUGCUCAGAAGGACGAAUUUCGUUGGCCGUCUGAGCUGAAAGGGAUCUUUAUGGCGCUUUAUGAGAGACUGCGACACAACUAUCAGAGGCCGGAUGAUAAUGACACCAGUCGGACAGAAGAGGUGCUAAGCUGGGCCUGGGUCGAGCUGAACGUAUGCGAGCUCUUUCUCGAGCGGUACGUUCAAGACAAUCUACGAACGGAACAGGUCGCUCUCGAUGACCGUUUUCCUAUCACUGAAUUCAUGCAGGCUAUAAGCUUUGUGUGUAAGCAAACCCAUCGCAGAGUGGCGCUUAGUGAUCGCUGGCAAGUUUUCACCGUAAGAGCAUUUCAUGUCGAAGCUUGCUUUCUUCUGCAUUAUGGGGAGAUAAGUAUGGCCCGCCACCGUUUAGAACAGGUAUGCGUUGUAAUGGAACAAGCAAAGCUGUUUGAAAUAAGUAACGACAAACAGCGAGAAACGCAGCCUAUUCAUUGCGUAAGAGUUGUAAACCUCAAGCAGAACAAUUUGAUUUCGGCAAAGGAGGCCGCGCAACUACUCGACGGAAUCGACCGACUUCACCUUCUAGCUGAUCUUGAGAAUCUUUACGCUUCUCAGCACUACGAGCGGGUUGUCGAACUGAUUACCGAGUCGCUCAAAGGCAACAGAAGGGCGGUUCAUGCAAAGACAAGCGUCCUUCCACGAUAUCGACAGUUGCUACUUCUUAAUUCUGCGCUGAAACAACUUCAGAACGAUAAAGAUCACAUUUACUGGGUGGAAUCAUGUAUUCAUGAGUGUCUGAAUCAAUACGUGAGAGCUCAAUCGCAGAGUAUGAAAACAGCGUGGUCGGAAACCACCGUUCAACUGAUUGAUGACAUCUAUGAAGUUGUUGAGAAGUCGCCGAAUGUCCUCGAAGGUUUAAGUGUUGAAAAAAUGUCACGUUUUGCACACACUCUCAUUAAGAUUAUCUCACUCCAAAUGGACUUGAGGGAGUCUGUCGAGACCAUGGCGAUUCCAACUGUUCUCAGCUGGAACCUUCUCUACAGAAUAGUGAAGCACGAGGAGGACAAAGUCGUGAUGGAAAAGAGUGCCGAUAGCGCUAUGCCGUCUUCUUUGCUUAUGAUGUUUACUGCCCACGAGUACUUAGGAAAACGCAACUGGUGUAUGCGCAAUGACGGCGCCUUUGUUUUCCUUUGUGUUCGAGUCAUGACAGAGGAGAUGGUAAAUUUCCGAGAAACACUCGGUUGUCAUCCAUUCGAAGAGGACUUGACCGCCGGACUCGAACAAUGUUUCCACUGUCUUUUUGUCCCAGACAAGGACAAAACUAAAAAAAAAGGUCAGGUACAGGAUCACAAUGUGAAACCGCUCAAGCUGACGUGGGAGCACGCCAAAUAUGUAUUCACGUUUUACAAACCUACUCGUCUGCCCGAGUUCGAUUCGUACGCUCAAAGUAUAUCAGCUGAGGCAGAAAGCCUGUUUCGUCGAAUUGCUUCGCUCAUACCGGCAGAAAGUAACCCGGCAGCGUGCGCCGAUCGUAUGGCCAUUCAUAUUGAAAGCUCAUCAGCAGGACCCAUGCCGUACAUGGGUAAUGAUUGCCCCGAUAAAGAACUUAUUUCCGAACUGUACUAUUUGCUUGGGGAUUUCUACUUCAAGAAUAGGGACUUUGUUAAGGCUAGCCGCCACUACAUGCUGGACAGCUGCAUCAACCCGCAUCGAAUAGACUCAUGGGCUGGUAUGGCCCUUUCGAGAAGUGCUCAAAUCGAACAGCGUCUCAAUUCAUGUGAACUUAAAGGCGAAGGUCCUCAGCUAUUAAAGAGGACCGAUGGCGCAGUAUUCUGCUUUCAGAAGGCGCUGGAAUUAGCACCUGCAAACGCCAGUCUCUGGAUUGAAUGUGGAUCCUGUGCGUACUGGGUUGUGUCUUUUUUGUGCCGUCAAAUGAAAUUGCGGAAAGCCCUUGAAUUGUCGUCUGAAACCGUAGCCGAAUACAAGCGAAAGAAGGUGGAAUAUCUCAACAUGGCGAAAAAAUGCUACACAGAAGCAAUCUGCUGUGAGAAUGAAGGCAAUGGAAACGAUGAAUUGUGGCUCUGCCAUUAUAUGCUGAGCAAGAUAACGCACAAAAUGGGCGAGCCGCUUGAGGUCUAUUUGGAACACAUUUCACGGGCUGCACAGAACCUCUAUGAAAUGAAGGCCCGUUACCCUAAAAAGGUCAUAUAUCAGACACCCGCGCAUCUAUCAAUUGAAGCCCUUGAGAUGCACUAUAAGGUGCAUGCGUUCGCUGCAAAAUUCCUCAUUAAGAAUCAGCACCGGCAAAUCUCACCUGCAGAGCUUCAAAUUCUUGAGAGCCACCUUCGCGAGGCUAGCGAAGGACAUUUCGCAAGGCAUCGUGAAAGACUGAAGGAAGCAUCCGUUGCCUUAGUACUAGACGGUGACGAGAGUGAUGCAGGCAGUCGUACGCCGAAACGCGGAGUUGGUCGGCCCCCGAAAAAUAGGGACCAGAGCAAGGAGAAAAAGGCCGAGGACACAGCAAUUCCUCAGGCGGUUCGAAGGAGCUCACGAAAGAGGCUAGCCUCCCAAGAAGAGAUUACAACUGUUUUAAAUACUCUGAAGGGUAAACCGUCUAGGAGCAACUUUCAAGAGGAAUCGGAAGUCGAUGCUGUAUCAGCUGUUAUGGAAGAACUUCUGACGGCAGUCGAAGCGUCCAUCGAAAAAGAGAGAAGAUACCAGGACAUGUCGGAGUACGAUUCAUUACUUGAGCAACUGUUCAACUACUGCCUAGAUGCAUUCCGCGAGUGCAUAUUUCGUUUUUCGGCGCACUUCAAAUCGGUGUAUCACAUGGCCAACUUAUAUUUCCGCUAUAAACGACAUCGGGACCCCGCCCUCGCUUUGGACUUCCUUGUAGCUAAACAGAGUCGGCCUCCUAAAUUGUGCACGCAAGGCCUCUUCGCUGAGCGGCGAGCUAGUUGCCUUUUUCAGGGCGUUUGGCAUAUUCCUGCCGACGAAAUUGAUCGUCCUGGGAGCUUUGCAACACACCUUUACAGGGCAGCGCGUCUCACUCAAAUAAUAGCCGCCAGCCAGCAAGAUCACGAAGUUCUCAUUCAAGUCGCUUUGAUGUUGGCAAAAACGCCGGAUAUGGAAAGAAAGUACAUUCGAGACUUUGAUAGGUCGCUCGUAUCCCGAACGGCAUUCAAAGAAGGCGUUCGAAUAGUGCAGAGGAGAUUCAGCUCAUUGAUGAACGAGGAGCCUCCACCUCCAGAAAAGACAUUGGUGACGGGCCUGGUAGAUAUCUACCGAGUAUGGCAGCAAUGCUCGAAGAGUGGUAGCUACCUUAAGGAAAUUGAGGCUGUCUUCAAAGAAAGCUAUACUCUGUUUAAGCUGGGCGAACUAGAUAAAACGCCUUCCGUUGUGGAGCAGGCCGCAUCAUUCUGCUCAAAAUAUUUAUUGCGAGAGGCACGGAAAGAGAAAUUAGCUCAACAAGAGGCUCAGCGGCUGGCUAAGCUUGCCAAAGAGAUGGCUGUAAAGGCCGCGCAGGAAGCCGCUAAACAGGCGCAAGUCGCAGCGCAUGAAGCGCAAAUGCAAGCGAUGCGUGAACAAUUCGAACAGCAACAGGCUCUUAUCGAGGAAAUGGAAAAAGCAGCUGUUGGUCCGUCUACGACAGUUCCGAGAUCUCCCGUGAGGAUCAGUGCCAGGGUUGGGCCAAGCCACCCGGAAUCGCCUUCACCGCCACCUGAAGGCAGGAAGCCUGAAUCUCCGUGUGGACCACCCCCUCACUCAAGCGAUUCGUCUCCGACGAAACAGUCACCGCCGAAGACUGGUCUACAGACUAUGUCGGGACACCCAAUAGGUAGUGUCUUUGAAGGGCGCUCAGCUCUUUCGCCGCCUCGACCUCCGUCUAGCACAGACGUCUUCCCCCCGAUGUCGCCGACAGUUGCAAGUUCUAUAGGUGUUAUGGCUAUGCUAAAAGAAUAUUCAAAAGAGAAAUCCCCUCCAAAAAAUCCGUCACGAGUUGAAACCGAUAAGUUUGGCCAGACGGAAAAAGCUGCAGAGGCGAUGAAAGUGGUUGAAAGCAGUCCAAACGUACCAGUCCCUACUGCUAAUACAACAACCAAAUUACCCACGAUACCGCAUCUCCUAGAAGGCCUGGCUGCUGACAUUCACAAAAAACUGAUUGAAAGUUCUCAGCGAAGGAGCCGCAAUGAAUCGAUACCGCCUUUGCAAAAGCGCAGCAAUUCCAGGGCUGGUGGCUCCUCAGGUUCAAGCCCUGAGAAUGAGCCUAACAUCAAGAGAAAAAGAGAUCCAUCGGAAACAAUCGUUGUGCUUUCUUCGGAUAGCAGUUCAGAAAUACCCUCAAAUCAUCUUAGCACUUCGGUGCAAACGAUCCCGGAAGCCCAGGCAGAGCUUUCUCUCAACCGUCCAAGUACCAAACAAACUAAAUGGUAUCCAACGACCGCUGCGAUUAUUUCUACCACCACGCCAACGCCUAAUGGCAUCAGUGCGCUCAGAAAAGCAGAGAUACAUGCUAGAGAUUCAAAGGAGGUUUUAACUUAUCGGGCGGUGGACCCCGAAGUCAAGCGAGUGAUGCAGGCUGCAACAGAAAAGACGGUGCCGGGCGGAGCUGUCGUAGCUAGAACAGGUCUGGCAGGCCCGGAGGCGGCGUUAACAAAGACAAUAGCAGCCGCUGCGUUUGCUUCAGCUCGUGCAACGACCCUGACUUCAAUGGAGACAGCCAGAUCGAGGCUGCUCACGUCGACACCAGUGGCCGAAACGGCCCAGGCAGUGCCACUAAUAUCAACACCAGUACCUACAGGGGAUAAAAGCUCGUUUUUCCAAACAUCAAAUCGAGCAAACUUUGCCGGCAGAGAUCGCAUCGGCGGUCGAACAGCACCAGUAACUGAUGACGAGAGCAAUAGCGGGAGUGAUUGCGUCGUCAUUGAACCGUCUCCAUUGCCCCCUUUGGCGCAGCAGCUGCAAAAUAUCUUGCCGAAGGGUGUCACAUUGACGCGGUGCGCGGUAAGCACGAGUAACGCAAAUGAGGACUUUGCAAAUAGCAGCGGUGGCAGCGGCGGUGGCGGCGGCGGCGGCAGCAGCAAUGGUAAAAAAGAUCGAAAUAGCAGGUAGUAGUCAGUCGUUAGCAGAAACAGAAUACGAACAAAACGAAUUUUGGUAUAUGUAUCCUUAG